ACACGAAAUGAAACCGAACAUUGUUAAGCAAUAUGUCAACAAUUAUCGUUCCCGCAGAAGUUCCUCCGGUCUCCGACGACGUUGAACAGCUCCGUAAAGCUUUUGAAGGAUGGGGAACAAAUGAAGGUUUGAUCAUUGAGAUUUUGGCUCAUAGAAAUGCGGAACAGCGUAAGCUUAUUCGACAAACUUAUGCGCAAACUUACAAUGAGGAUCUCCUUAAUGCACUUGAAAAGGAACUUACAAGAGAUUUUGAGAGGAUUGUUCUGCUAUGGACAUAUGAUCCACCCGAACGUGAUGCAUUUUUGGCUAACGAAAUAGUAAAAAACGGGGCUAAAACUCAUCAAGUUAUCGUUGAAAUAGCUUGUACAAGGUCUUCACAUGAAUUGCUUCUUGCUAGGAAAGAAUACCAUGCUCGUUAUCAGAAAUCCCUUGAAGAAGACGUCGCAAAUUACACAACCGAUGAUGUCCGGAAGUUAUUAUGGGCAUUGGUGACAAGCUACAGAUAUGAAGGGGAAGAAGUGGACAUGUCACUUGCAAAAUCAGAAGCCAAGUUAAUUUAUGAUAAAAUUAAGGAAAACUUAUAUGACUACGACGAUUUUAUCAGAAUUCUCGGAACGAGAAGUAAAGCGCAGAUCAACGCGACGUUGAAUCAUUACAAAGACGAGUUUGGACAAGAAAUUUGUAAGAAUUUGAAAGCCGAUCCUAAUGACGAAUUCUUAAAAAUAUUACGAGCCACAAUAAAGGCGUUAACAGUCCCCGCAAAGUACUUUGAGAGAGUGCUAAGGCUAGCGAUCAAUAAACAAGGGACCGAUGAGGAUGCACUAACGAGGGUUGUUGCUACACGAGCUGAAUUCGACAUGAAAGCAAUCAAAGAAGAGUAUAAAAAAAGGAAUAGUGUCUCUUUAAAUGAAGCCAUUGCUAAGGAUACUAGAGGAGACUAUGAGGACAUGCUUCUUGCUCUUGCAGGUUCUGAUGAUGCCUAA